AUGGGACAGGACGAGUCGAGAGUCGUUGACCCGGAUGCGCCGUCGCAGACACUCAAGGCGCGCACUGUAGACGCUCUUGCGCAGUACAUCCAGGCUGGCCAUGCCCAGAAAAUCGUCGUCAUGACAGGAGCAGGCAUUAGCACCUCAGCAGGCAUACCAGACUUCCGAUCGCCCGACACAGGACUCUACGCAAACCUCGCGCGCCUGAACCUGCCCUACCCCGAAGCCGUUUUCGACAUUAGCUUCUUUCGCAACAACCCGGAGCCAUUCUACGCCCUCGCACAAGAACUAUACCCUGGCAAAUUCAGACCGACCAUAACACACUCAUUCAUACAUCUGCUGCAUCAGAAGGGGCUCCUGCUCAAGCUCUUCACCCAGAACAUUGACUGUCUCGAGCGUGAGGCGGGAGUCCCGGGUGACAAAAUCAUAGAGGCACAUGGCAGUUUUGCGACGCAACGCUGCAUCGAGUGCAAAAAGCCAUAUCCCGACGAGCGCAUGAAAGAAGCCAUCCAGAACAAGUCGGUACCGCACUGCAUCGACACCUCCUGCAAUGGCCUCGUCAAACCAGACAUUGUCUUCUUCGGUGAACAACUUCCUUCUGCCUUCUUUGACAACCGCGACCUCCCUGCAGAGGCCGACCUUUGCAUAGUCAUGGGCACAUCGCUGUCCGUCCACCCUUUCGCAUCGUUGCCACAGCUCUGUGAAAACAAAACACCACGGCUGCUCAUAAACUCGGAACGAGUCGGCGACUUGGGUACGAGGGCAGAUGACGUGCUGUUACUAGAAGACUGCGAUAGCGGUGUGAGGAAACUGGCUGAAGCGUGCGGAUGGCUAGAGGAGCUAGAAGCGCUUUGGGCUACAACGGCACUCACUGACGACCCGGUGGUGCCAACGGAACAAGUGAAAAAGAGCCGAGACGAGCUCUUGGAUGACGAAAUCGAGAAGCUUACCAGAGAUGUUGACAACAAUUUGAGCCUGAGCAAAGCUCAGCAUGAGUGGCUCAAGAACCAUGUGGAUAAUAAACUGGCAAGAAAAGAAGAUGACCCAGCGGACCAAGAACGCGAAAAAUCUGGUCUACAACCGCCAACCGAUCCAGAAUCAAAGAUACUGGCGCCAGUGGCGAGUCCCGGGGGUACAAACUCAGAUCCUGGGGGUGGGCUGGGACAUGUUUUUCCACAUAUCAAGAAGCCCUCGCUCUGA